AUGGAGCGGAAUCAUUUCGUUGCAGGGCUGGCGGGUCCGGCGUGUGGCGUGUUGUUCCUUCUUUUCGUAACAUGUCUGUGCCAGGCGUCGAGGGCCAUGGAAGACCAGGCGACGGCAAUUGUUCCUAACUGCGCCGUGUCAGAUAAUGGUACUGCCUGUGAUUGUAAUGAGCCCACAGGUACGGGUAGAACAGCGGAAUUCACUCCCAGUGCAUCCCUGACAGAGUCUAAAAAUACAAUUAGCAUCCAGUGUCCCAACCAAUACGAAUUCAGGCCCACUGAAAAAUCGAAGGUAUGCUCUGUGGGUGAAGAUAAAAAUGCACAGGACCUGGAAACCUGCAAUCAAGGCAACGUCAAAAUUGAAAAGUUCUUAAAUCCACCCCCAACAAGUUCGCCAGAAUGGAUUGCAAGCGGCGCCGGUCAAACAACACAUUCUUUAACCCUUCCGAAAUCUAAUUUCCCAUUGACUAACAAGAAAUUCUUCGUCGGUUGCCAAGAACAGGAAGGCCGUGUGAACCGGCUGCUGGAAAGAACCCCUGCAAAGAAAUCAUGCGUGGUGACCGUGCAAGUGGAGGCCAAGAAAUCGUCGCUGCACGAGAACGUCCUCACUUGCGGCUACGGCGCAAACAGCAACACCGAAAAAACACCGGUGGCGACGCUGACUUCCGACAACAACGCACUGACUAUCGUUUGCGGCUCAGAAGGCCAACUCCAUCCGACUGGGACACCGACGACUGCCUUCCUCUGCGACAUCUCCACAGAGGAGUGUUCGACAGCCGUAAAACUGACUGACGUGUUUCCUAACUUCAAAGAAGCCUGGAUUACAGUGGAAGGGGAAACAGGCAGCAACAAGCUUGUGAUCCCCGAGGACGGCUUCCCCGAGGAGGACAAAAUGAUUCUGUUGGGAUGCAGCCUCAAGACGGCCUCAGGUGAGGACAGUAAGAAGAAGCAGAACACAACUGUACAGGAGGAGCCUACGUGUAAGGUGAAGGUGGUUAUCCCUGCUGGAGGUAGGGCUUCUGCGGCGGCCUCAGGCCCGAGCUCUCCGAUGUAUGCGUUCGCUGUGGGAUUUCUCUCUCUUGUGGUUUCUGGUGCAUACUUGACUUCGUACUAG